GUUUAAGUUAGUUUGUGUCGGAGUUCUGCAGCCUCGUUUACGUGAGUUAUUCAUCCUAAUUUAGCGAGAUGGAGGAUUCCGCCUCAAACGAAGCCCCCAAAAGGUGGGGCUUCCGCAGAAGCACCCUAGCCAGACGAGAAUUCAUGGAGGAAAUCGGAAACCUCGACCGUGACACUUUAGUGCCGCGCAGAGUUGCACAGCAGCCUCGUGGCAGGGGUAGAGGACGAGCGAGGGGCAAACAGGCCGGCGAGGGUCUGCCUGCUGCCUCGAGAAGAGGACGAGGACGCAGAAGAGCUGGCCCAGAUGACUCCGGUCCGAGCACGGAGCUUCAUUCCGAGGUUUUCUGUGCUCCACUUCAGCCUCACCUGCUGCAGAGAACCAAAUCGGACGUCGAAGCGUCCGACAGCGAUGAACUGACGCUCAGGGAGCUACAGGAACGAGUCUGGAAGCAACGGAGGCUGCAGGCGAACAGUGCGGGGGGUAGAUCUGCAUCAGAUUUAAACCCCGACGUCGUAAGUAAAGCUAACCAGGAGGCUGAGCUGCUUUCUGAGGAACUUAAACUGCAGGAAGGGGCGUCCAUGUCCUCAUCACACCCCACACACACAGCCAGCAAGAGUUCAGCGGUGCUAACCAAGGACCGAACAUCAGCACGAAAGAUGAGGGAGGAGGAAGAUGAAGAUGAUGCAGGUUCAGAUUUUGGCGAAGACAGCGACCCCAACGCGGUCUACUGCAUCUGCAGACAGGCUCAUAAUAAGAGGUUCAUGAUCUGCUGUGAUCGAUGUCAGGAAUGGUUCCACGGUGACUGUGUGGGGAUCAGUGAGGCGCGUGGACUUCUCCUGGAGAAGAACGGAGAGGAUUACAUCUGUCCCGCGUGCUCUCCCUGCCCGAGUCCCGUCGGCUUCGUGACGCAGCCGGCGCUGUGCAAGGCUGCUCUGAGCUCCUCGUCCGAGAGCCUGUUCUCCUCCUCGGCCGGAGAGGAGAGACCCAGCGAGGACGAGGCCAUUAAAGGGAAGAUCAGGAAGGCCAGCAGUCACAGCUCUAAGAGGAAAAUCAAGUUCUUCCAGCCGGUGGAGGUUGUAUCAGAAGCGGUGGAGCUGGGGUUGAAGGAUCACAAACCGACCGAGGACGCAGUGACGGUGGAGAAGGUGAAAGAGAGGGCCGCCGGUCCUAAGUGUAUCGGUCCGGGCUGCAGUAACGAUGCUCUGCCCGAAUCGGUUUACUGUGGCCAUCAGUGCAUCAUCCGCCACGCCGCCGUAGCCAUGCAGUCUUUGUCUGAACCCAAACCUCAGCCUGAGAUUAAAGCCAGACCUGCUGCUAAACCUGUGCUUAAGAUCCAGAAUUUGGGGAAGUUAUUUAGGAAGAAACUGGUGGAGAAGCCAGCCAACCAAGAGAACGACGGCAGAAAGGAGAAAGAUCUGAAACCCAGCGCUGGUACCAUAGCUGCUCCUGAUCACAAAGCACAGGUGGAGGAGCAGCCUGCAGCAAUCGCUCCAUCAGUGUUUUACAGAACCAGUAUGUAUCACCCAGGGGCCACAGCACACACAAACUGUUCACUCAUACACACUCACACACAUCAUACAGUCACUCCCAUUCAGGUGAGCAGCACACACACACACACACACACACACACACACAAUCUCUCUCUUUUAGGUGUUACAGGUAAGUGCAUCGUUCCUUGGUUGUAUUUUUUUUCUUGCUCAUAUGAAAUAAAAAAGCGGCGGCACCACACGAAAUGCAUCAAACCUCCUGCUUCAUUAGCUCAGUCAGAGGAACCCAAGACUGAAAAACCCUUAGAACCUAAAGCUUUAUCGGCUCUACCAGGGGAAACCGUGAUCACACAACCCUCAGGUUCAGCAUUUCAAUCAAAAGGUCCUUCGGUUCAAAAAACAACAGGACCUUCAGCUUAUUUGGCUUUAUUAAAAGAACCGACGACUGAACAUCCUACACCUUUAGCUUCAUCUGCUACAUCAAAGGGUCCUGUGGCUGAAAAGCCCAUGAUAGCCCUAGCAUCAUCUCAAUCUAUGAAUCUCAUAGCAAAAAAACCCAUAACCACCUUAGUUUCAUCUGACAGUCUCAUGACACAAAAAACUCCAUUAAUACCCUCAGAUUUAUCAACUUCUCUAGAGCUAAAAAUGCCCAAAAAACCCUUGACACCACCAGAGGGACGUGUGGCUGACAAACCCAUAAAACCCAACACUUCAUCAGCUCAGUUAGAGAGUCCUGUGGCUGAAAAAACAGCCGUGACAGUAUCUCCAUCAGCUCCAUCGCUUAAGAAUCCUCUUCCAAGCCGAGCCAAGAAAACCAUGCCGGGUUCCCCACGCCUCACCGGACCCAAGCUGCUCCUGACCACUGCUCCACAAGAAAACAAAAACAGCUCUGCAGUCUCAAAGAACCCAGGCCAACCUCCAGAGGCAUCUAAGACACCUCAGAUGCCACAUCCAGCCCCAGAACCACGAGUCCUGCCUGUCAGUCCUGCACCCGUCCCACCAUCCAGACCCCUCCAGGCUCACCCCAACAUGCAGAUAAGACAGAACAUCAGGCGCUCUCUCACCGAAACUCUGCUGAAAAGGGUGAGUGACAGCGAUGAUUUGGACGCCCCUGAGAGUAAACUUGAGAAGCUGGCUGUAAACAUCGAGCGAGAGAUGUUCAACAUGUACUACACAACAGACAACAAAUACAAGACCAAGUUCAGGUCACUUUUAUUGAGUCUGAAAGACCCUAAGAACAAGGGCCUUUUGUACCAGGUCGUGAGGGGACACAUCACUCCGUUUAAACUGACCCGCCUAAGUCAGGAAGAGCUUCUGUCGGUUCAGGCAUGUGCUGCUAAUCCUCUGCCUGUGAAGGAGGACGUUCCCCCGGCUGAUUCAGACGUGAAGGAGCCUCCUAAAGCAUGUGAGAACAGAGUGGUAAAAGCUGACAGCGUCGCCACUUCAUCGUCAGAAGAUAAAGUCCAACCUUCUGUAGGCAGGCCUGCACAACCCAAGAAGGUCAGCAGUGCUGUCUCGGAUAUCAUCAGCAGCAUGCUUAAAGACACGACGGAUGAACAUAAAUUGCAUCUUUUUGACCUUAAAUGCAGGAUAUGUACUGGUCAGAUUUCUGGCGCUGAGGACCCUGAGGCUAAAAGGUUCAAAAAGGAGGAACCAAAACAAGAGGAGGAGGAGGGAAAAGCACCAUGCGUUGUUCCCAUUCCUGAUAAACAGCCUCCACCUGGUACACUGAUAGCUGAUUCUGUUAUUGUGGAGUCCCCUGCUUCUCCAACCACAGAAGACUGCAGCACUGAGACGGCUCUGCCAGUAUUUACUCCUCCUGUGAUCCCGGCCAUUUCCAUAGUGACCAUAACGAGACGAGAUCCACGCACAGCAGCGUAUAGAUCUAUAUCUUCUGCAUCUACUGUACCUACUGAAUCCACUUCAGCUACAGCACCUUCUCCUGUUAGUGUCGCCACCCCUACCCCUACCCCUGCUGUCAACCCACCCCAGAGUGUACUCACAAAACCAAAACCAAAACCAAGUGACAAAGAGAAUAAGGAGGAAACAAAAGCACCAGAGCCUCGACCUCCACCACCACCAGUGCUGAAAUCCAUCCUGUUAAAACCUUCAGCCUCGACAGUCCCAAGGAUUUACGAUUCAUCCACUUCAACCACCAGAUUGGUGAGCUCUCACAGCCCAGCUGACAGUGAGACAAAACAGGAGACAGUAUGGAAAGGUUUUCUCAACAUGCAGUCUGUGGCCAAGUUCGUUACGAAGGGAUACGCGAUUUCAGGCUCUUCAGAGACUCUGAAAAAGGACAUGCCAGAUACCAUCCACAUUGGUGGUCGGAUAUUACCACAGACGGUUUGGGAAUAUGUCGAGAGAGUGAAGACAUCUGUAACAAAGAUGUCUUUGAUUCGGUUUUGCCCGGGCACCGAUGAGGAAGAGAUUGCGUACGUGUCUCUCUUCUCUUACUUCAACAGUCGAAGGCGCUUUGGGGUUGUUUCCAACGUUUGCAACAACGUUAAAGACCUUUAUCUUAUUCCCUUGGGUGCAAAUCAGUCCAUCCCUUCUAUACUUCUGCCACUGGAGGGACCAGGGCUUGAACAAAACCACCCUAAUCUGCUAAUCGGGCUGGCAAUUUGUCAGAAGCUAAAGCGUCCUGGGUUGCCGUCACAGGAAAUUGAUGACAAAAGACCGAAAAUCCAUAUGCCACAGGAACCUCAAGAUUCGACUCCUCGUAUAAAAGCAGCCGUCCCUGGUGUUAAAGACAACGUACCUUAUGACCCAGCUAUACCAUUCUUCAGUGCUCCUUCUGGAUCUCCGGCAUCUCUUAAAGCACCUGAUACAUUCUCAUCCUCUUUAGACUCUCUGCCUGGCUCGUUAGACAAAGUCAAGGGCACUUCCAGCACCACGCCUCUUCAGACUAUUCUUAAAACUCUAUUUGGUAACAGUAAACAAGGCUCUGAUUCGACUGUGAAUACCUGUGAGCCAAGUUCUGCAGCAGUCAAAGGACGCUUGGUGCCUCCAGUUCCGAUGGUUGACCCUAUCGUUCAGCAGUACCAACAGUCUUCAAAGACUAUCUUAACAGAGGACUUUAACAAUGAUAGACCUUAUGACCCUGAAGAAGAGUAUGAUCCAGCUUUAGAAUAUCAAAACUUAACUCCCUUAAAGCCUGAUGAAAUAUUAAAACCUGAGAUGCAAACUGUUCCUGCUCAGGUUGAUGAUGAUAGGCCUUAUGACCCAGAGGAGGAAUAUAAUUUGGGAAAUAGAAUUGAUGCUGUCAUUACAAACAAAUCCUCUGAGACAGAACCAGCGAGAAGCACCUCGGCACCAAAAGAUGACGUCGCCUACGACCCGGAAGAUGAAACGGUCUUCGAAGAGGUGCAGAAUUACCUGUCAGAUCAUGAGUCUGCCACCGCUAAACAUGAAGGAACGGCAACUCCAUCAUUAUCUGAGCAGCAGAAAAUGUUGGAAGAAUUAAAUAGACAGAUAGAGGAACAGAAGCGUCUGCUUGCAGAGCAAGAGGAGGCUUUGCGUCUUCAGAGAGCGGCAGUUGGAGUCUCGAUGGCCCAUUUUUCUGUCUCGGAUGCUCUUAUGUCACCGCCACCUAGUUUUGGCAGGGAACCGAUGGAAACAACAGAAAGUACAAUGGUUCAAGACAUUAAUUCAAGUAGAGAUCCGAGGCAGUACAGAACCCUGAGCCAGAAUACAGAAUGCAAUAAAAAUGAAGCACCAACCCAGAGUUCCUUGUUGUCAAAGACUGAUCAAGAAAAUGCUUCAGUGAAAUUAGACAAAGGGUCCAAGGACACUGAUCAAACAAACUUGCAUUCUGAAGUAAGUUCAAAAACGAGCAAUCGGCGCUCCCACUCACCUUCAAGGAGUUCGAGCAGAUCAAGACGAAGUGAUACAUCCAGACGGGAGCGUCAUAGCUCAUCAGAAAGGAGGUCGAGGCACGACCGAAGCUCAUAUGACAGAAGAACCUCUUAUGACUCCAGAGAUGACAGACGCCACAGAGGGAGCAGACGUUCUCCCGAGAGUUCGUCAAGACGAAGUCGCAGUCGUAGUCACAGUCGCAGUCGUAGUAGCAGACAGGAAAGAUCAUCGUCGAGGCAAAGAGGUCAGCGCCGUCGCGGAGACACGUCGAGACGCAGAAGUAGUCGGGACAGGCACGACUCGCCAAGGUCACGAUCAAGUCGAACUAGAACGUCUGCGAGACCCGAGAAAGGCGAAGACAAAGAAGAGCAGUCGGCGUCGAGACAGAGCACAGAGUCGGCACAGCGCGGCUCGGAGGCCACUCGAAGCGCAAACCUGGUUACAUCUGAAAAACCUCGAACUCAGCAAGAUGAAUCACAAAGUGAAGCUUCUGAGAAUACAGAGCAGACAAAAUGUAUACCAAAACCUGAAACUGACCAGUCAGACACAAGAGAAGAGCCAUCAUCUGUCGUGUCUAGUCUUACAUCUGAGUCGAAUACACUGCAGAUAGACACUUCAUCUCAGGAGGCAUCUAGUCAGAGGGGUGAUGUACCACCAAAUGAGACUAAUUUAACUCAUCAGACAAAUGACCAGUCUUUGGACCCUCUACAGGAAAAGGGGAGUUUGUCAUCACAUGAAUCUGAAGACAAAAGUCAUCAACCGCUACAGAUACAAAUAGACGAUUUCUCAGAGUCUGAAAAGUUUUAUACCAGAGAUUACCAGGAAGACCUGCCAAAGAGACCAACCAGAUUAGACAUAGAGGAUUCGCCUGCUCCUGAGAUUAAAACCCCUUCCAUAAAUGACAACCCACCCAAAAUACUCCUUCAAAAUCAAAAUGAUACCUUCAGAGAAGUUGAAACGGACCAUUUCAGUUACCAAAACCUUCCACAACUAGACGCUCACUCAGUGGCGAGACCUGAAUUAUUACAUAGGAACGAUUCGGAAAUGAUACCUGGAAACUUUAAUCCUAGAGACCAGUUUAGACCAAGAGCUUCAGACCUUCAGCGGAGAGGCCCACGGCAUAGUAUGGAUGGCCCAAGGUGUCGUACACCUUUGCAGCCCAGGAUGCUCAGAGCUCCUUACCAUGAGAGAUUUGAGAGCUGUGGAUCAAACUAUGCUGGUCCCAGACCUCAGAGACAAAGGCUGUCUGUUAACCCAGGGCCAUCAUCUGACUUCGGCCCAGGGGAAGAUUGUCCAGGGGUUCCAAGACACAGGCCAUAUGAUGAUUUUGAAAUGUCUGCUUCAAACUUUAACCCAAGAGAGAAAAGCUCAGGACCAGAAAUGUUUAAGGGUUCUGGUCCUCAGAACUUUGGACCAAGGGUCCCAGGUCCAGAUCCUAAAAGAUUCGAUGGGUCUUCCCGUCAUCCUUCCGGACCUAAGGGUCGAAUUCAACGACCUGGAAUGUUUGAAGACUCAGGACCUCAUGGAUUUAGGCAGAGAGGCACAUCCUCUGACCCUGGAAUGUUUGAUGGUCCAUAUGACUUCCCAGGGCCACCCCAACGUAGGGUUGACGACACAGACGCUCAGCUACCAGACUUCAAUGAUUCAAGGGAAUUCAAUGCACCUCACCAACUUGAUGCAGAACCCUUUUCAGAUUUUAAUCACCCUAGAGAACAAUGGUUUGAUGACCAAAUGUUUGACAGCAGAGAAUCUCAGCCAUCAGAUUUGAAUGAUUUAAGAGAAUAUUCUAGAACCCCACCAUUUGAUGCAUUAGAAUCUGAUAACAGAGGAUUUGAAGAAUCAAGAUUCUCUAAUCUGCCUUCUCAUCAUGUACGAAGGCAGAACCCAAGAUGCGAGAGCCCUUUGCACAACCAGCCUGAAGAAUCGCAAUUUUUCAAAACGGAAUCAGAGAUAGAAGGACCUAACCAAUGUUAUACAGAACGAUCAAGAGAUAUUUUUAAGGGUGGAAGAAUAGAUGCACGAAUGCAAUGCUCACGCUUUAACCCACCUCAAAAUUUUAGGGGCCAACGGGUUCCAUCCCCUCAUUUUCAUGGCCAGAGAAUGCCAGCACCCCAAAGUAAAGAGUUGGCAAAGCCAUGUCCAUCCAAUUUACCCAGCUUGAUGAAAUUUAACGUAAGACAAAGGCCAUGUUCACCUAUAGCCGGUGAGAGUCAAAACCUGAUCCGAUUUGAUGGCCCAUCAGAAAAGCCAGAUAUUCGCCCCUUGCGUCUGUCAGGUCCUUUGCUCCCAACACCUCCUGGUGGCCCAUUAAGAUUUAACAAUCCUAGGAUGGCCAGGCCUUCUCCUUACGACAGGCCACAGGGUCCUUCAGCCAGAGGACAUAUGAAUGAAGAAGUAAAGCCUGGCUGCUUUGAUGACAAUUCUAAUACUCGGACAGGAGAAACUUUACAUAGUUUAAUUCCAGACGAAGAAAAUGAAGAAUAUGGAGACGAUGGGGAGGAAUAUAGUGGUCAGGAGGACAGCAGUCCUGGAAAACCAUGGCAGUCUAGGCCAAAAAGAAGAAGGAGAAGGAGAAGACGGCAAAGAUUUAGAAGUUGUAGUGAUGAAAGAAAUAGCAAUCAGGGUCCUGGUGAAAGAGGGAGGAACAGAGAGGUGACCCGAAAUGCAGAUAGAAACCGACAUUAAUAUGGCAUAAACACGCCAGCUCUCAUCUUGGUGUCACAAAGGAUCACAAAAAAACAAAACUACUGAUUUCAAGUAUAAGAAACUAACAAAUUAAACAAAAACCUUUAAAUCCAAAUAGUAAUUGUGUUCCUACAUACAUGAAUUACCAGUUUAAGGUAGCUGCACAGCUCCAGUAAGCCAGGUUCCAUUCUUAUCUCAAUAAUAAAGAUUUUGGCAUUUGACUAACAGUUACUCUGGGUUAUUUCCCACCCAAAACAUGCCAGUACACUACUAGAUAUGAGAAUACCUCUUGAUUGCCAUGAUUUCACCCUAUUCUCAGUGUAGACUCAAUGGUUAUUAAGCGGUUAUUAAGGAUAAUUGUUGAUUGGCAUGAAUGAUAUGAUUUUUUUUAAUAAACUUGUUCCUGUCACACUGGAAACCUCGGUUAGAACAAUUAGCCACAUUAGAAUAUGAAUUUGUCAUUUUUAAGUUAUAGUGAAGGACAUUUCGCAUGUAUGUAGCAAAGUUCAUGCUUAUUUGUUUUCGUUCUAUUAUUUUACAUGUGUUUACUGUAUGCCGGUUGCCUGGGUUAUCUCUACUAGAUUGGUCUAAUCAAUAAAUUGUCAAAGGUUCUGCAGAGUUGUAAAUACUCUUGUACAUUUGGGUUAAACAUGUAUUUUAAACCUUCCUAUGGAUGCAGCACAAACCAUAGUGGAAGGUAAAGAGUCUGUAAGGAAGGAUCACAAAAACAUCACAUGUAGAUUCUUUCAAUAAAAAAAAUGAAAAUAUUAAA